GACUCACAUCAGCCGCACCUGUGCAUCCGCCCCGCUUGCUCCAACCAAGUGUAGUAGUUUCUUUUCAAAGCCAUUCGAACGCGCGCACAUGACCUGUUCACCUGCCAAACUGGAGGCCCUGGUGUACCUGCAAGACUCGGAGCUUGUGGCGGCUUUCCAGAGACGAUGUGGACUUUACCUGGUCGAAGCGACGCGUCGCAGUCAAGGGAUGAAAGUCGCAGGAGCCCUCCAACCAAUUGACCUAUCAUGUGGUUUACACGAGACAACAUGGGACCGCCAGGACAGAAAUUCCAACUAUAAAUACAAGGAAGACGUACGUACUGGUUGCAGCAUACCUGAAUAUGAAGUGAGGAACUGGCUGCUGUAUUUUCUUUUUCUUUUCUCGGCUGGUCUCGGGCACGAAGUCUUUUAUAUCACCUGUCUGCCAUGUAUACACUGGAACUUGGACCCCUUCCUCUGUCGACGCCUCGUCAACAUGUGGACUCUGGUGAUGUACAUUGGCCAGGUAAUGAAGGACAUGCUAAAGUUGCCCCGUCCUAGGUCACCUCCUGUAGUCAAGCUGGAGAUGCGGGUUGAUGCGGAGUAUGGGCUGCCCUCGACCCAUGCUAUGAGUGCCACCGCAAUCUCCUUUACAUUGUUACUGAGCGCCCCUUCCAGAAUCCAGAUCCAGUUCGAGGUGGGUCUACUGAUAGCUGUGACACUGUCGACAAUGGUGUGCUUGAGCCGUCUCUACACUGGCAUGCACUCAGUUUUGGAUGUCAUCUGUGGUGUUUUGAUCUCAGCCAUCCUAAUGUUUCUCACUCACCCCUACUGGGAAGCCUUCGACCAGUUCCAGCUCACCAGCAGCAUGUCACCAAUCCUGGCAUUGGUGCUGCCCCUCUUCCUCAGCUACACGUACCCAGAGCUGGACCAUUACAGCACCACACGGGGAGACACCACCACUAUCCUUGGAGUCGGGGCGGGCUGCUCUGUUGGAUAUUGGGUGAACAAACAAUUGGGGGAGACGUUUGAGCCCCAAGGGGUGCUGCCUGUGCCUUUACCCACAGUGACAACAUACACACUGGUGUCCGGCACUGCCCGCUUCCUCGUUGGAGUGGUAGCGUUAGUGGGUACUCGGCAGGUUAUGAAAGCAGUCAGCCUGCAUUUGUUGUACUGGUGGUACAAAGUUCCAAAAUACGAUCAGAGUGCCAGGAUGAGGAAAGAGAUUGAAGUCCCAAGCAAGUUUGCCACAUAUACAGCUGUUGGACUUGUUAAUUCUAUCCUGGUCAAUAGGGUCUUCAUUCUACUGGGACUAUGAUUAAUAGAACAUGUAAGAGCAAACAUGUUUAUAAUCUGCAUUUGCUAUGACAAAUUUAGUGAACUGUAUAUUAGAGUUGAAUAAAUAUUUUUCAUGUUUUU